UAAAAAUUUCUCAUCUCUCCAACACUCCAGUUACUAGGGCUCUUUCCCGGCGAUUUUCGACGUGGAAUCCGGCCAUCGGUCCGCCAUUGAUUGAAGCCCAAGUGAACCGGUCGGGUUCAGCCAGUCCAACUAGAGCGGUGCUGGUGCACUGGUUCAGUCACCGUUCCAGUCCUGACGAAAUACUUUGCAUUGACAAUUAGGGUUAGAGUUCGCUUAAUGGAAGGAGGAGGAGAAGGGGUUGCCCCUGCAACUUCACGAAUAUUUCUGGGAGGAUUAGGGAACACUGUAACUGCUAACGAUAUAGUGAGAACCUUUUCAUCUUUGGGCCAAGUCCACGGAGUUGAGAUCAUCCGUACAAAUGGAAGGUGCUUUGCUUAUAUGGACUUCAACCCUUCUUCUCAGAAAGCAUUAGACAAGCUGUUUAGCUCGUAUAAUGGGUGCACUUGGAAAGGAGGGAAAUUGAGAUUGGAGAAAGCAAAAGAGCAUUAUCUUGCUUGUUUAAAGAGGGAAUGGGUGGAAGAUGCUGAGCAAGAGAUGAUCAAGAAUGCCAAUCUUGAUAAUGACAAACCCAUUGAUACUCCUAUAAAAUCAAAAGUAUUGAUCAAGGAGAAGCCGGGGUUAAAGAUUUUCUUCCCGAAAGUGAAAAGGGUUAAAGUAUUACCAUUUGCUGGAACUGGGAAGCACAAGUAUAGUUUUCCACGCAUGACGACUCCACCUCUGCCUCUUCAUUUUUGUGAUUGUGAAGUGCAUUCAAAAGCACAUGAUACUGAAACUCAAUCAGGCCAUCUUAAUCGUGUUGAACAAAAUGGUGGGAUAAAUGAGGAGGAGUUGAGUAUCAUGAACUCUGUGAUGGAUAGGCUCUUUGGACAUGAAGCUGCUUCAAAGUCAAUAACUGGUGGUAGUAAUUCAACAAUAGAAGCUAAGGACAUCAAGCCUUUGGAUAAUGAUAAUAUAGAACUGGAAGACGAGGAGGAAGAAGAUCCAGAUUGCCUUGUGACCAACAUAACGAUAGAAGGAGAAAGAAACCAGCUGGAUUCAGUGCUGAGAGAUGGAUGGGGAGUGGUGCCAUCGAAUCAGUUUCAGGCAUCCAGUUCUCAAAAUUUGAACCCUGUGGUUCAAGAUGGUCAGGAGAAAAUUAAGGGAAAUUUCAAAUCUCAGAAAACCACAAAGCCCAUUGCAAGCUCUGUUGAUGUUACAAGGCACCAAUCCAAAAGAAAAUCAUCUUCUAAGGAAGAAGACGAUGACAAAGAAUUGGGGUCCGUUCAAAAGAAAAAUAAGAGAACCUCAGAAAAUCAUUCUCACGAAGAAGACCAGAAUGAGGAAGCUCCUACAACUGCCAUAGUUUCUCAAAGUGACAGGAAUGCCGAUAUAAAUGCCAAUGGCAAUAGUCAUGCAAAUACAAAUGCAGACGCCCAUGUUGAUGAGAAAAUGAAUAAAAAUAUCAAUGGACCUCCUGCACCAGAAUCAAUCAAUCGUUCGUGGAUGCAGAAAUCCUCUUGGAAAGAUCUUGUUGGAGAUAAACCAAGCUUCUCUUUCAGGCUCUCGGAUGUUAUUCCAGGUGUUGCCCUCUCUGAAACAAAGGAACUUCCAAGACCAUAUAAAUCAAAAACCUUAUUUCGCAAAAAGGAUAACAAGACUAUAAAUAAGGGAAUUGGUAGUUUAGAGGGGAAUGGCACUUUGAAAUCUAAGGGAGUUGGAAUGGUGAAUAACUUCACACAAAAUUCAUCGGCUAAAGAAGUUGGAAUGAUGCAUAACUCAAAAGAAAAUGCUUCGAAUGCAGGAGAUAGGUUGCGUACUGAUUUAAAGUCAGGGAAGAAUAGCUUAUCGGAGGUGAAGAUGGGAGUGGAGACUAUGGGUGGCGGCGAAGUGUGCACCUUUAUGAGGAGUGCGAAAUCAGAGAGGGAGUGGGUUAAGGCAAAGGCUGCUGUAAGUGGGUCCAUAAAGACAAGAAAGACUCGGGGGAAUUACAAGCAAUAAGUGCUCCAAAGGUGAGUAAAAUUAGGAGAUUUGAGAUGUGCUUUUUGUUUUUGCCCCCAUCUAGUAAUGUUAAGAGUUGUUGAAAUUCUUAUGUCAUUUGUAUGUUUCUUCUCACUGUUUUACUAGGAAAUUUUGAAGCCAGUCUUUCUUUUAUGAAUCUUUGACGCAAAGAGACAAUUGUUCCUAAGAUAUAAAUUAUGAAAGGCACAUCAAUUGCUCAA